GGAAAUGCACCAAGUUCCGUUUUAGUUAAUAAUAGCUUACAAGUAAACAAAUCUGUACACAACACAUGUAAAUGAAAGCCAAAAACUGUUCUGUUCCCCAACCGGUUCUCAUAAAGAACUUCCUCUUUGUCACAUGACAUGCUGCACAUGAGGAGGAGGAACCUGAACUUUAUAUUCAGCUGUCUUAAGUCUUUUCUCACACAGCCACCAUGAAGGCAGCGGUGACCCUCCUGGUGCUCUCCCUUCAUGUCUGCUCUUCAGUCCCGGUCAGCCGUCCCACCAACUGGCUCAGACAAUGUCGCGCCUCAACCAACCUCUCUAUCACAGCGCUGGAGGUGCUGCCAGGUGGAGGCUGGGACAACCUCCGGAACAUGGAUGCCGGUCGAGUCAUGAACAUCAGCUACUUCCAUUGCCAGACAACUGAAGACGGGCUCUACCUCAUCCCAGAUGAGGUGUUUGUCGUCCCGCACAAGGAGACGGGCGUGGAGACAAACUCAGAGAUAAUCAGCUCCUGGCUGGAUCAGAAAAGCUCGACAUCUCACAGCAUAAACGCAGACAUAUCCUUCGUCCCUGUGCUGAAUGGAAAGUUUUCUACAGAGAACAAGAGGAUGAAAACCCAUCAGGUCAAAGACUCUUCAACUACAGCCAGAGUGCAGGUUCGUAACUUCAUCUACACAGUUAAGGCUUAUCCAGACUUCACUCUGGACACACGCUUUGCUCAACAAGCCAAAGACAUAGCUGACGCAAUUGAAAACAACCAAACAAGGAAUGCUGAUUAUCUCUCAGAGAAGAUGGUGCUGGACUACGGAACCCAUGUUAUCACUAGUGUCGAUGCCGGGGCUUCGAUGGUGGAAGAAGACUACCUCCGCUCUUCAUAUGUGUUGAACAGUGUGUCAGAAAGUUCCUCUAUCUCGGCACAGGCAGGCUUAAACUUUUUUGACAAACUCAAGUUUGACAUCAGCAGUCAAAGUGCCCAACAGAGCUCAUCACUGAAAACAUAUCAGUCAAAUAUUACGUACUCACUCAUCCAGAGCCAUGGCGGCACACCAUUCUAUCCUGGCAUCACUCUGCAGAAGUGGCAGGAAAGUAUCAGGAACAACCUGGUUUCUAUUGAUCGGUCCGGAUUUCCCCUACACUUCUUCAUAAACACCAACACCUUCCCUGAUCUGCCACAGCCAACAGUUGGCAAAGUGGCUCAUAGAGUGAGUCAGGCCAUAGAGCGAUACUACAAGGUCAACACACGUCCUGGAUGUGUCGACGUCAACUCCAAGAACUUUAACUUCCAAGCCAACGUUGAUGAUUCAUCCUGUGAGGGCCCCGCUACAAACCUCAGUUUUGGUGGUGUCUACCAAGAGUGUGUUCAGCUCAGCUCAGAUGCAGGUCCACUAUGUGAUGCCCUGGCCCAGAAAAACCCUGACACAGGUGCCUUCUCCUGUCGCCCACCGUACUCCCCCACUUUACUGAGAUCAGAAGUCAGACAGCAGGGUUACACUACGUACGACUGCCAUGACGAACGCUAUCGCUGUGGGUUUUUACACCUUUCACAUUGCCAUCGACAAGUGUGUCAAGACAACUACCAUGUUCGCUCCGCUCGCAUCAACACCUACUGGUGCUCUGUGAACGGACAGGCCCCAGAAAACUCAGGGUAUCUUUUUGGAGGCAUUUACAGCCCCUCUCUCCUGAACCCCCUCACAAAUGCCAAAAGGUGUCCCGCAAACUUCAUUCCACUAAAGUUUCUCUCGGAUGGCCAAAUGAUUUGUGUGAGUAACGACUAUGAAACUGCCACCAGAUUCUCAGUACCAUUUGGAGGCCUCUUCAGUUGUGAGGCAAGCAACCCACUGGCAGGGUCCCAACGUCGCUGCCCUCCCAGGUUCAGCCAGCAUCUCGCCACGGUGAGCGACGGCUGUGAAAUUCUUUACUGUGUCCAGUCAGGACUGUUCACAGGUGGAGAGCUGAAGCCAAUCCGUCUGCCUCCUUUCACUAAUGCUCCACUUGUCAGCAUGCAGUCCACAAACACGGUUAUGGUGAUGACUGAAGAAGACAAGACCUGGGUCAGAGUGGGGAAGACCAAGGCAUGGAAACUGGCCAAACCAGAGGAAAUCCAGGAAAUGGUGCGCCAGUUUAACCCAGAAUUGAGUCAGAUGUCUAGUGGAGAAAAGGCAGGAGUAGCCUUUGGGGUGAUGGGUUUGAUGGCACUGGUGGUCAUAGUGGUGGUAGUCCUGGUGAAGAAGAGGAGGAGGGUCUCUGGGUUUACGAGAGCUCGAGGCUAUGAGGAAAUACGUGAGGAGGUAGAGUGUGAAGAAGGUGAGAGGGAGACACAGUAAGCUUAAGAAAAAAACAUACCACUUGAUAUGUUCACAUGGUUUGACAAGAUUUUUUUGUUUUUGACUUCCUUGUUUAUUGUCAGUUCAAAAAUCAAUGUCAUGUAGCUUCCAGGAGUGGAACAUUUUCAUCUUUAAGGGCUCCUUGUUUGAAUCAGUUGGGUUGUGCUUUAAUAAUUGUUGUUUGAAAUGUCUAUUGAACCAAUUAGCAAUUCACAAAGCUGCAUUAUAACAACUGCUAUGCAUUGUAAAUGUCCAAGUUAAACAACACAUCUACUGGUAGCAUGAUGUGUACAUUAAGCUGUUGUUUAGCCUAAGUUCGUAUUUGCACUCAUAAGCAAGAGAUAACGUGUCAUUUAAAAAGCAGCAAGCUGCCUUUGAAACCAACUGGCAAAAAGCAGAAGUUCUUUAUAGAGGUCACAGUGAACCAAUACCGCCCUCAAGAGGCCAAUAUGUGCAAAGCAAUGUAGUAUAUAAAAAAUUCUAUCCCCAUGAAGAACUGAAUGUUUUAUUUGAAUGUACUGUUUGUACAAUAUGUUGUUUAUGUAUGUUUUAACAGGUGAUUUAAGUCUCUUUUUUAAUAUGAACAAAAGAAUCAUUGGAUGAAAGAUUUAUUUUUUGUUUUUUUAAGUUUUUAAAUUUUUGUACCUUCUGAUUAAAAUAGACUUUGUAAGUGUCAAUCAAACCUCCCUGUGCUGCACUUAACAACUAAUUAAAGUAUUAUAAAACAAUAUG